UUCUACCCCCCCGUGAAACGAAACCUAUCGAGGUGAGUAUAGCCCAAUUGCCAGAUGCUGCGGUAUCUGUAGUAUGAUCAAUUAGUUAACUAGUAGUAUAUAGCCUUCACAAUCAAAAUGACACCAACUUCGCUGUCCCUUCGUCCCAGCGACGCAACCAACUCUCUCUCUCAGCGUGAACUUAGUUCUCACAAACUUAGUUCCGAUGAGAACAACCAACCUUUUCGGCCUGUAGGUCGUCGUCUGAAGCGUCGUCGAGUUAUUGAAGACUCCGAAGAUGACGAACCUGCUGUCGAUACAAAUUCGGCCGUAGGGAAUAACCCGGAGCCUGUUCAUCGUGAACCUAGUUCCGAUGAAACUCCUCAAUUGGCAAAUCGCCAUGGGCAGGAUCUCCGAGUGAUCGCAGAUCCUGACGAUGAAGAUGAACCAAUUGGCAAAGGAAUGGAUCCGAUGGUUACCCCUAGGGCCCAAAAGAAUGACACCUCAACUCCUCCGCCGCUGCCUUCCCCAAGCGCCUUUACUUCCAAUUUCGUCCUAGACGAACUUCUGGAAGAAGAGGAGGAUCUUGAGGAUGCGGCUCCGGAGCUUGAUGAUGAGGACGUUCUUUACGAAUCUGGUGAUGAAGAAGAAGACGACGAUGUCGUUCUUUCGCUUCAUGACGAUAGCGGUGUGCUGGAGGGGCAAAAAGGUGACUCCUUUGCGACCCUUCUGCGCUCUAUCAUAACCGCCUUAGUCCUCUGGACAAACCAACAUGAUGUUUCGAAGAUUGUAGGAAGAAUGCGCCCAAUUACAUUGGGUUUCUGGUCACUUCUGACGCGUGUUGAUAUUGACCUUCUCAUGGCGUUGUACUUGCCAGCCAUCCCCCGGCAAGUUAUGCGGCUAUUUGAGAAAUCAUCCUGGUCACUCGAUGAUCUGAUGUCACUCCCCUCUGUCCGCGGCAUCUCCAAAUACGGGGUUUAUGGGAAUUUCCCAACUGGAAACCUCAGUGUCAGAACCGAUAGCUCACCUGGGUGUGAAUGCUAUAUUGGUUCUACACAAUGCCUGGAUACGAGAGCUGAUCAGCAUCAACGUCUAGCCAAAAAGGAAGUAAAUGACCUUCCUAAAAGCCACAAAAGAAGUCUUCAUUACAACCAAAUCUGUCGUGAAGGUGUCAAAUCACACUUCAGGGCUUUAGCGGUCUUUGAGCAGCCGGUUGCAAAGGGAUACUUAAAUUUGCUUGAAGGGAUUUUCAUGAUCCUCUUUCAGACAUAUAGGUAUCGCCGCUACCAUGAGCAUGCACCAAAGGCUUCUUUUGACCUUUUCGACGAGAUCUCGGGCGUUGUGAAAAUCCCCUCUUCCGCAUGCACGUGGAGAGGGCUAAAUGGAGCCUGGCCUUUGCGCCAAGGAUUCUUCCACCCGUCAUGGAAGAAGUCACUCUCAUGCCAUAACGCGGCAUGCAGUCGAAUGACUAUUCCUGGAAGGCGGUAUCUCUUUGCUCCCUUUGAUCCGUUGGGUCCAUAUAUCUGCCCACUAUGCUACAUGUAUAGACGGCGAUAUGGGAACUUUCCAAGCUCAUCAUUUACGGAAAGUGUCAACGAGAGGAUAGAGCGUACCAACAAAGUUAGGGAACGGAGAAAGGCCGCAGGCGGAGAUCUCGCAUGCAGUUGCUGUUCCCGGGUGGAAUCUCAAUUUCCUCGCAAUGCCAGAGGAGGGACUAAGAUUCGCCUACAUCGGAUUCAUCCGAAAUUCCCAGACAUGAAUCUUUGCAGAUAUUGUUAUAUGUUUGUAGAUGAACACAACCGUCUGCGAAGUUCGGAAGAAAUCGAGCAAUACUCGCGUAUCUUUGACUUGAUUGUCGCAAGACUAGGUGAAGGAAAAGUCGUAUGUGAGAAUUGCAGUGCCGUAGAUGGCCAUCCAACCUGCCGUGGACAACAUAGAUCCAAUGCAGAGACAGGUUUGGUACUAUGCACACCAUGUGAAGAAUACCAGUGCCACCACCACAAGCUUCGUGAUCCAUUCUGUCAGCGGCGCCUUGAAGUCGUGUAUGAAGCGGAUCAAACGCGAAAGCGUGGUGAGCCGGUACUGUGUGCCUUCUGUCACCGUCCAGAGACUGCUGGAGGCUACAAGUUUUCUGUCUCGAAGAAGGGCCGCGGCCCUUACUGUCGGAUCAGAAACUGCCGAAGAGAAGCAGGAGCUGAUGAUGAUGACGAUAUUGCAGAUGGCGGACGGAGAGCCCGUCUCGCCGAUACACAGAGAUUGCAUGCAAGGCAAAGCGAUGCCGGUGAAGACAUCAUCUGCCGUUACUGCGGAGAUGUCGAAGGGAAGGGAAAAUCCAAAAAACCGUAUUCCAUCACAAGAAAUGGAUACGGUCCCUACUGUCAUCGAAAAAAGUGUAGGGCGGAAGCUAGAGCAGGACGUGAUCCUGUUUACCCAACUCGUUGAGAUAAACUCACAAAGUGCCAUUGGAUCUUUAUGUGUUUCUGUCACGAGCUCUCCCAUCACGGCGGAAAUUGUCUAGGCAGGUAAUUUCUACAGGAAUCGGGUAGUUCACGUUGUCAAGAUUGUUAUAGUCGUUGACUCGAGAGCCCGGGGAAUGUUCGGUGAAGUUUUUUUU